GUGGAAGUGUACCUGAAGAAAGAGAUAAGAUUGCUGCGCAGCUAAAAGAAUUCUCGUAUAAUCCCGUUUUUAUUGAAAAUUCUUUAAUUGAACGUCAUGAUAAUUUCUCAAAUUUGACUCUAUGGCCAUUGUUUCACUAUUGCAAUCCUUCCAAUAAGUUUUUCCGUCAAGAAGAUUGGGAAUCAUAUAAGAUUGUUAAUGGUCUUUUUGCAGAUGCUAUUGAUGAAAUAGUUCAAGAUGACGACUUAAUAUGGAUACAUGGUCAUCAUCUUAUGCUCCUGCCGGAAAUGUUAAGAAAAAGAAUUGGUAAUAGAAAUUUAAAUGUGAAGAUUGGUUAUUUCUUACAUACGCCGUUUCCAAGUAGUGAAAUCUAUAGAAUUCUUCCUGUCCGUGAAGAAAUUUUGACUAGUAUUCUUAAAUCUGAUCUGGUUGGGUUUCAAACGUUUGACAAUGCUCGUCAUUUUUUGUCUUCAUGCACUAGUAUAUUAGGUUUAUUAACUAAACCUAAUAGAGUUUACUAUGAAGAUAGGCAUGUGCAUGUUGGCAUAUUUCCUAUCGGUAUUGAUCCGGAAAGAUUCAAUGGGAAAUAUGGUGUUCCACAAAAGUUACACGCAUUGGAUUUAUUCUUUACUAAACAUCCUGAAUGGAUUGGCAAAGUUGUAUUUAUUCAUGUAGUUAAGUCUUCUCGCUGGUAUACUGAAGAGCGCGAUAAUUUAUAUCGUGUUGUCAAUGAACUGGCUGGAAAAAUUAAUGGCAAGUUUGGUAAUUUUAACUUAUCACCUAUUCACUUCAUGCAUUAUAAACAUUCUUUCGAAGAGUUAUUAGCACUAUAUACUGUGUCAGAUGUAUUCAUGGUAACAUCAUUAAGAGAUGGUAUGAAUAUUUUACCUCAUCAAUACAUUUCAUGUCAGCAAAAAAAUAAUGGAGUGUUGAUUCUUAGUGAAUUUACUGGUGCUGCUCAGUGUUUGGAUGGUCCUAUUUUAGUAAAUCCUUGGAAUACAUAUGAAUUUUCUGAUGCUAUUUAUGAAGCUCUUACAAUGGAUGAAAACUUACGUAAAUCAAAUUAUCAAAAACUACAUCAUUAUGUUAUGAAUCAUACUAUCUCAUUUUGGGGAAAAAGUUUUAUUGAUGAAUUAAAGUGUAUUAAGGGGUAUAGUUCUCAAAUUGCGAUCCCACAUUUGGAAAUAAAUCAAGUCGUAAAAGCUGCAAAUACUGCUAAUAAGAGAAUUAUCCUAUUAGAUUAUGAUAGAACCUUAAUCACUAUUCGUAAAUCAGCAGAGUCAUCAAAUAAUAUAAUUUCUACUCUUAAAGCACUUCAAAAAAAGUCAAAUACGUACGUUUAUAUACUGUCUGGUAAUCGUAGAGUUAAUCUUGAUGAACAGUUUGAGUCAACUGGAGUCGGUUUAUCUGCAGAACAUGGCUGUUUUUACAAACAUCCGAAAUGUUUACAAGAGGAAGUAAAUCCGAUUUUAAAUCAUGAAGGAAAGACUAUAAUAGAAGAAUAUAAUGGUUGGUAUAGACUUGUUAAACAAGUUGAUCCUGCGUUAAAGGAAAUAGUUCUUCAUUUAUUUAAUUAUUACGUGGAAAGAACUCCUGGUGCUUCUAUUGAAGAAAAAGAGAUUGGUAUAAUAUGGCACUAUCGUUCAGGCCCUGAGUUUGAUAAAUUUGGAUUAUGGCAAACUUUGGAUUUACAGGAUAAUUUGAUAAGCAAAUUAGGUCAUAUGCCCUUAAAGAUAAUUUUGGGAGAUAAUAAAUUAGAAAUCCGAUCUUCAUUGGUUGAUCAAUCAACUGUAGUUCGAGCCAUCCUUAAAGAUUUAAACAUUACACAAGAUUCCUUUGUACUUUGCAUUGGUGACGAAAGUCCAGAUGAACCUGUAUUUUCUCUACUAAAAAACGAUGAAUUUAAAUCUUUGAAUUGUUUUACAAGCACGGUUGGAAAAAAACAAACAAAUGCUACGUUUUUCCUUGAAGAUACCCACGAUGUUCAAAAUUUAUUAGAAAAAUUGGUAUCAGGCCUGUCUGAUUGA